AUGAGAUCAAGUUGUUUUUUCGCUAUCCUCACUCUCGCCACCCUCGCCAAUUGUGUCACAGCAGACAAUGCCACGUGCAAUCCGCUAUUUGGUGUUUUCAUCGGAGAUCCUGCAUUUCGAAUCAACACCACUGUAGCCAAGGAUGUGGUCUAUAACAAGUCACCUCUUACACUCACACCAAGCGAGGACAAAUUCAGAUGCGGCAAUGUGCACUCGUCCUGCUGUUCCGAGCCCAUAAUGGAUUAUCUGCAGGAUGAACUGGCCAUGACCUGGGACUGGAUGUUCGGUACUAUUGGCGACAUGCGGAAUAUGACAUUCGUUCUUGACGGCCAAUCCAGCCAAAUAACAACACAGCUGGAUGAUGGACUCAAGAAAAUUAGCGAUGCUUACAAUCAGAUGCCCAAUAGCCCCGAAAAGGAGGAGCUCAAAGCAGUUCUGACUUUACUAGAGGAUCUAGCGACUACCGGUGUUAAAGUAAAAUUCGCCAAAAACACGUGCGAUGUUAUAGAACACGAUUGUGGAGGCAUCUGGGACAAAGCUGAGAAGUACAUGGAAAGGGUCAGAGGUCACGUUAUCGCGGCCCUUACCGCGGUCAAAAUGGAUACCACCAACGUGCCUUUCAUUGCAAUGGAAGCCGAAAUCUGUGACGAUCAGCCUUGCAGACAAUACGUAUGCGAAAGCAUGCUCACCGGAUUCUUGUUUACACCUCCAACGGAUCGGGCCGCCAUCGCCACUGUAUAUGUUGCGGUCGCGUUAGCCCGUUUCGGCGAGGCUUUCUGGAGUGCACUCGCUUCUGGGAACAAAAGACGUCAAGCUCAGCUGCCUUACGCAGUACAGCUGGGUCUCGAGCACAUCUCUCAGUCAUCGCUGGAGGCCCUAAAGCUGCUCUCUGGGCUCAACCCGCUGGGACAUGUCAUUGAAUCGUCACAGCGUCGGCGUACAAGUGGCGUGUUGUUCACUGCGGUGUAUGAUAGUGACAAUACGGGGCUAUGA